GGCCAUAAAUUUUCUUCUGUCCAGCAUGAAGGUAUGAGGUCGAAUACUCCGGUAAGUCCGUAACCAUUAACCACUAAUUCAAAGAAUAUCAUUGAAUUGAGGACGAAAAAUGGCGGGGUCAAUCGAGGAAUACGGCAGCCGGCGAAAGUCGCCGGAGUUAAUAAUCCGGUGUAUGAUAUCAUUAAUUUCCGGCAUCAUCACUCAAAUUUCCCUACUUCUCAUACCUCAUUUAUUCCCACUAUUCUCUCUCCUAUUCCAAUUCAUCCUCUCAGGUGCAGUGCUUGCAAUUGCUAUUAUAUCAUGCCAGUUUAUCAAGCGUCUGUUACGAGUUCAUGCUUCAGCUCCGGCUUUCGUUUUCUUUCAUAUAAUCUUCAUUUGGGUUGUUUAUCUUAGUGUGAUUAGACAAGUUGUUUCAUUGCUGCUAAAUAUUGUAUUCAACGCGGAGCUAGCAGUUCUUCUUAUUGGGUUUUUAAGGAUCUUAUCAAGUGAUCCUGGUUUUAUUCGCCAUGACUCUCCUGGUUUAGUGGAGGGUUCUAUUUCAGAAGAUGGGCAUCAUCUGGAGGAAACAUCAUCUACGGCAGGAGGCAUAAGCUCUCACAACUCAAAUGAAAUGACUUCGUUAUCUUCAAGAAGGAUGCGCUACUGUAGGAUUUGCAAAGCCUAUGUUAUGGGAUUUGAUCACCAUUGCCCUGCUUUUGGGAACUGCAUAGGCCAGAAGAAUUAUGGCCUUUUCCUGUCACUUUUGGUUCUAUUCAUAGUGACCGAGACUGCAUAUUCGGUGCUUUCUUAUCAGUGGAUCAACAGACAUCUGAUUUUGAAAGAGAAUAGCUCCAAGUGCUUUGGCAGGUUUGUGCAGUUUUGUACCAUACUGGAUUCAUUGACGAGAAAUGAGUUGGCCUGCAUGUUUAUUGACUAUACUGAUGAUUCUCUGAUGACUAAACAGGUGAUUUUUUUUGCAUGGCAUGUACAUUGUGUGUGCUUCAAUAUAAGAACCGAAGAAUGGAUAAAUUGGAGAAGAUACCCAGAGUUCCAUGUCAUUCUUCAGCCUUCACCAGAUCAAUCCUUGCCAGAUACAAGGUUUAGAAAUCCAUAUAAUGAGGGAAUCUUCUGCAACUUGAAGAAUUUCUUGUUAAGAUGAAACAAAUGGUUCAUUACUCACAGACUUUUGGUAGCCUGAAGCGGCGAAGGAACUUCCCACUGCUCCUCUCGAUACGAUGCCACCUGUCGUUGUCGUUCUUCUCCUGCUCCUUGUUUCUUUCUCCACUUAACUGCAGGAUGCCUGCCUUCGAGGUUACAUUGGCAAGUCCUGAAGUGAGAAUGCCAUCAGAUGGAUCCCAAGUGUCUAUGGAAAAUGGAUCAAAGACAUUGCUUUUUCGGCUACCCAAGAAGCUUGGGAUAACCCACAUUUUCAAAGGAUGGUUUAAGCUGUGUGCUGGUUAUUGAUUUUAAGAUUUAGAUUUGAAUUUUCUGUGUGUUUUAGAAUGCAUCUAUUUGUUGUUGGUAGAAUUACAAGUGCAUUGCAUAUUUAUAGGAUUACGAUGACAUAUCUCCGACUUUCUGGGAACUUUUUCUUAAAGAUGUCCUUUUUAAUAUCA